AGUUUAGCCUUGAUUUUGAUCAAAUGAUAGUGUCAAAUUUUGGUUCACCAAAAUUGAAAGUUUUCAAAUUUUCUGUGUUCAAAUUCAAAUCCAUCCAAGAUGGGACGUCCCCUGAAUCGAUCCAACCCGACCCGUCGUGCCAUUCGAACGUUGAGCAAUCAUCACCUGGUUAUCGAAGUGUCCGAAGACGGCCAUGUUCAAGUCGUUUCGCAAUCCAUCCGAUCCAUGUCAAGCCCCGACGAUCCUCCGGAGUUAACAACCAGUAUUGUCAACGCCCCGCCUCUACAUCCAACGAUCUUCGACGGAACGUACCAUUACGAUGAGGAAGACGUCAAUUCCGAGUGGACCGUAUCUUCGGAAAGUAUCCCAUCGGAAACCAGUGACUCGGAGAUGGCCCUAGAAGAAGUCGUAAGUAAACAGGUUUGUUCUGUUCCGGUGAUUGAACCGAGUGGCGAAAGGGCGGAAGCGCGGAAAAAGUCCAUUUCUGUGGUGGGGAAUUUUAGGGGUCAAGCCGUAGGGACUAUGAUAGAUCCGGAUAGUACGGUAUUGAUGCAGCUUUCCAGGGGAAGCUUCGGUGGAUACAACGAAAUACUGGAUUGUAUGGCUGAUGUGGAUGAGAUGUUAAACAAUCAGCAAAGCGUGGUGAUUUUGAAGUACCCGGAUGGGAAUGAUUCGCAACGAUCUACGAGGACACCGAAGAGCCACGUGGAAACGGUGAAGAACAUGAUGGAGAUGACCGAGGACAUCCUACGGCGCGUUCAGGGUUCAUCACGGGAAUCAAUUCUUGUGAAGCUACAAAAUACUUUGGGGGAGAUCCUGCGUCAACCGGAAGAUACGAUCGCGAUUCAUACGUUUUCCAGAGAAGAUACGGAACAUCCUAGGUCAAAAGCGUUCAUAGGAUACUUUAAAAAAGACGAUGAUGCUGCACUGUUUGUCCAAUUUCAUGAGUCAAACAAUGAAAUUGUAAAAAGCUUCUCUGGUUGUGAGGAUGAAGAACAAAUGGGCGUUGAGCGAUUGAAAAGUUUCCUUCAAGAGUCGUUGCACAGUCAAGAGCAAAUUCUGGGACGAACUUUGGAGAUCGAACCGGAGAUCACUAUCAGCAGAUCAGGAAACACUGUUAUUGGUGUCUUGAGCUUUCCAAAUACAUCGUCUGCGUUGGUAAGGACAAAUGUGGACAACUUUCCUGUGGAGCAAGAGCGACCAGAAAUGGUUCGCUCCAUGAAGGAUCUUCUGCAGAACUUAGUUCAGCAAUCUUCUGGGAAGCUGCUAGUUCAAAUGCACUCGGAAAGCGAUCGGAGGACUUUAGUGGAUCAAAUCAAAAGUGAAUUGGACGAGUCUAUCAAAAGUGGCACAGCGGAAAGCGAAGUGUCGGCUAUCAGCGUUAGAGAAAGCGAUGAUAAAGUCAUUGGAGUCCUAAGCUAUUCAGGAGGAUCCAUAGUCAUUCAAACGUCAAGUAAAAACUGGAUUCACGCUCAUUCUAGCAGCGAUCCGAAAGACUUACUAGCAAGCAUGCGACUUAUGAUCGAGUUGUUUAUCAUGAGCAGUGAACUAACCGACGUUGAUCUGCGAUCCCUAGCCUCUAUCAUCGUUCAAGCAUUCCAUAGCGCUCGUGUUCAAAUUUCCGAUGAAUUUCGCAAUGAACACGUGCUGCAAAAGAUAAAAUUCGUCAUCCAUCAGCUAAUGAAUCCCUCGAGCAGGGAAGAUCCCCUUCUGAUAAUCAACCAAAUUCGAAAUACUAUGGAAGACAUCGCCAGCCCUGAGUUUGCGGCGGGUCCCUCUGAAGAACCGUAUUCUACCGAUGUGCUGAUAAACUACUUGGACGAACUUAUCUGUGAGGAAAACACCCAAUAUGACGACGCCCUGAUCCUUCGCACUCUCCGUGGGGCUCUCCUUGAUGUUCUGAUCCACUACGACCUUUCCCUGUCAGCCGCUCUCGAAGAACUCCUGGAAGUGAUUAAAAUGGUCCCUGCAGAAAAUGUCGAGCUACACCCACCGUCUACCGUCGUCAGUUCUCCGGGAAUGAUAAACAUAGCCAACGAACCUUUCCUACUGGAACGGUUCUCCUCCGAUCACCCGUCUCGCGAAGUGGUUCAAAAAAUUCACAACCUUCUGGGAGACGAAGAACCCUCCGAAGGGCGUGAAGUAUCCUACCUCACGACUUUCCAAACGCUUUUCCUAACCCUGCUUCGAAUCAUCGGUGGAUGGAGCCUCCGAGUGAAGUCCUUUCUUAGCAAGGAAUCUCGGCAGACUGAUUCGACGAAGCAGGAGUCCGAAUCCAAAUUAGAACCAGAACCGGGAACGUCUAUCCAGCGGAAACCAUCCGUAUCGUUCCAUCUGCUGAAACAUCCGAAUGAUGCCGACGAGCGAACACCUUCGAACAUAUCGCAACAGCUAGAAGACGAACGGCAGAAGCUCAACAGUGCGAUCGACGAUUUGCGAACAUUUCUGGAAGAGUCCUUGAACGUCCCGGACGCGUGGGACCGGCAGCGGAAGGGAUCACGUUUGGAGUUCUCCGGUGGACGUACCGCAGUGAAACAACGAAUGCUUCAUCUGUUCUCCAAGCUGCUGGAUGAAGCGGGUAAACUGAAGGUGACGGAAAAGUCGUGCGACUCAAUACAUAUUCAUCUGGACUCGGCAUCCGGUGAGCUGGAACGUAAGGAAGGAGCGCAGUAUGUGGUGCUGAGUGGAAACGUCCGCGAUCGGCAGCACAAUUUGGGGUUGUUUUUCGAGGCCAGAAUGAUGGAUUUGGAGGAAGCUUCCAAGGUGGAAUCGGAGGUGGAAUGCGUGACAGAAGUUCGGCGGCUGUCGGAUGAAUCCGAAGAACUGGAUGCGAGCGAACUUGUGCCGGAAAUUGUGAACUCCUGUCUAGCCGAAGUGGGAAGUGAGCGGGAGGAAGAUGUUGAACAGGAGGGUGGUGGAGUCGGCGAGUUUCGUUUGCAGGAGACUUUGAGUAGGUACUUCGAGCUGAUUCAAAGCUACAUGCAGGAGACGAUGGAUCCGAUGCGGGAGGCGUUGGGUUUUAUUUUAGAGAAAUUGGCUGCUGCAGGAACGGAAAAGAUCCGGGAGAUACGGUCAAGUUUUAUUCAAACCAGUAGCAAUUUUGAGCAGAGUUAUAUUGUUGAGGAGCAGGACAGUCGAGAGGAAGUCGUGGAAGCUCGGGUAGAAGAUUUGACCCAACAGGCGACGUCGGUUCAGUGUGUGGCUUCCGUUGCUCAUCAGAGCAUUCAAAACGACGAGUUGUUGAUUGGUCAACCGUCUCGACUGGACAACAUCGAGAGUAGUUUGAACGAACUUACACAGCAAAUGAGCGAACUUUGCCGUCUACUUCGGAAACCUAUCACAGAAGACCUACCCAUGGCCCCGCCAUAUCUCAACUCACCGCCUUCGACGCCGACUUCGCCUCCACCCAGCAUCCAAUCCAGUGACACGGAAACCUCCUUUGUUAGUGUUGUACCAACUGCACCGCCUCAUGAAGAAAUCGACGGCUGUCUUUCGGUAACGGUUGAAAUAGUGUCCAUCGAAGAGCAACGCAGACUGUCGGAAGUUUCGGGUGCAAGCGAUGAGCAUGAUCAAUUCCAAUCAGCGAUCGAAUGUUCCACGGACGCCAAACUGCGAGCUUCUGAUGAAAUUGCGGAACCUCCGGAAUCGUGUCAAGUGGGUUCGGGUGAAGCACCUGCACGGGAGACUACGUUCACCGAAAUGGAACAACCUGAAUGGUUUGGGGAGCUACCACGUCGUUCAACUGCUUGUCAAACCGUAGAGUCCAGCGGUACUCAAACGGAUGCUGAAGUUUCGCCGGAUACUAUUGAGGUGGCAGUUCAAGUAGUCGAACUAGAGGAACCUGAUGUUCCGGAGAUUCAGGAGUCUUCGGUUGUUUCAGAGCAACGUUCCUCAUUGUUCGCAGAGUUGGGUAAAAGAUUGUCUAGUUUGAUAACCAGCAUUGAUGCCAAACCAGCUGUCGAAGAUAACAAGAAGCGCCGGUCAACUCGUGUAUCGAUCGUGGAGCCUGUUGCUUCAUCAGAUAGCGAAGAAGAUCAGCCAACUGACCCAAUCAGUCAAACUGACAUGGACGAUCAGAUUCAGUUAGAACAGGAACAAUCAAGCAGGCGAAUCACUACUGUUUCAAUCACAGAAGCGACUGAAUCAGUCGAAUCCAGUAGUGAGUUGAAUCGUUCAUCCUUGGAUGAUCAAUCGCAAGAUCCUCAACGGCGAUCGACGUCUGCUUCAAUCGUCGAACCAACGACUUCAUUUUCCGAAACUGGUGAAGAUCAUAAGAGAAUUUCACGGCAAUCUAAGGAGAGUGAUCUUGUUGAUGAACCUUUUGUCCAAACGAGGCGAUCUACAUCGACAUCCAGCAGAGAUCCCGCGAAAAUGUCUACCGAACAAUUUAGGAGAUCGAUGGACAAACUCGAGGAGGAUGCUCUGCAGAUGACGGAAAUUCCCGUUCGUGAUGGACGGAACCCCAAGCUGUGUGACGUAGUCCUAAGUUACCAGUGCAGGCAGAUGGACGAGAUUGGUCGGAGGUUCACCAGUCCUGUGGAAAUCUAUUCAUGUCAUGCGGUUGGUCCAAGUCAGCUAAUGGUACAUUGGAAGGUUGCACCGCAGUUUGAGGAUCAAAUCGGUGGAUUUGAGAUCUACGUAGAUGGAGAAGCGAGCAUGUUCUACUACUCCCACCGCAGGAGGACUGGUCUGUUAGAAGAUAUCGAUACGGAGAAGCAGCAUCGAAUAGUCAUCUACUGUAAUCCGAAGAGUUGGAUCAGUGACGGAGUGCAAUGGGCUCCAGGGAUUUUCUUUUAUCAUCUCUAAUGGAAGCUGUCCGGUAAUACAAUUUUCAACACACAUUUAUUUUUCUUCAAAUUACUUGGCGACGGUGUAUGUACAAUUCGUUGUAAUCUCUGGUCCAAGGACCCAGAUCAUUCCGGAGAUUGUCAUGAGCUCUCGUUGUAAGGUGCUUGCUUGAUUGAGCGCUUUGAGAGUUAGUAGAUGUGAACGUACUGAAUAGGGUUAGAGUGAGCGGUUGAAAUGUCGAUCUUCUUCGGGGAAUGAUCGCGGCUGCAGAGUGAGUCAAUAAGUUAGGUGUCUAGGAGCCAAGAGGUCAUGAUCUGCGGAAUGAUCUGAUGUUUUUCCCGAUUCAGGGCGUGGGUUAGUGCGUCAACUCUUAACU